AUGGAUGGGAAGGCUAACCUUCCGAUCAACCCGCCGGAUUCUUCCCCGCCGGACUUCCUCCGCCACGUCCAAGCCGCCUUGAAGCGCCACCGUCCUCUCGGCACAAUGCAGUCCAAUUGUAUAAGGCCAAGGCGCACGCUGCUUCCUCAACGAAAUGUGUCAAAUAAGUCUCAGGGGGACACGUCGUUGAAGGAAUCACUCGCACUCAGAAACAACACUGACUCUGCUGAUUCGUCAAUUUCAAGUGAAAGCAACAUUGUCAUGCCUUCUCAAAAUGUAGAUACUCAGAAGAAAGUUCACUUUAGCAACAUUGCUCCACAGGGUAAUUCUCUUUAUAUCUUUCCCCUUUUUAAUUUCUUAUGUUUUGUUUAUGCAUAUUCCAAACUUGUCACUGUUCCCCAUGCAGAGGCACAUGAUGUAAAGGCCACUGAGUUGGAUAACUUAACAUCUUAUAUGAGUUCACUUGGAUUCGCAGAAAUGGAGUGGGUUGAAAGCAGCCAACUUGAAGGAUCAAUUGGAUUCAAUCAAGAUUCAAAGCACCAAAAAAUUCAGGAUGGAGGAAUAAGCUCUAUGCUGCCAAAGAGAACGACGGUUACUCAGGAUCAUAUGCAGCAAUUCGGAAACUUUUUAAGUCAGCCAGCGACACAAUCUUCAGUUGCUGGACCUUCGUGUGCUACAACUACCUCGGUCCAUUCAACUUCAGCUCCCAUGCUGAAUUCAACAACCUGUUAUUCUCAUUCACAUCCAGACAGUGGCUCACGUGUGGCUGCUGAACCUUUGGGGGAGCUUAAUGUUAAUCCCCAUCCUAUAACUGAAAGGGUUAGGAAAUCACCAAAUACUUCCCUGAAAAACCCUGAUAGAAUGUCAGUUGAUCAGGCAACGAUUGCAGCCCAAGCUUCGGAUUCUUCUAUUGAUGCAGAGCUGGCAUUUAAGGAAAGCGACCAAUCUAAGGAGCAACAAGGAUGCAUUUUAAAAGAAACCAGCAAUUCUUGUCAUGAAGACAAGUCAAAUAAAGGGAAAGAGCCUGCAGAUGUUGCCAACGCUCAACCUCAGGUUCCAAUGCCCAAAACCUCAUCUUCAGAUGUGAAGUUGGAGUCUUCCAACUUAGAAAAAAGAGAGAAGGCUACAAGUAGUAAAGGUUCAUCAGCAGCUGCUCGGAAAAGGUCCUAUGACCCUGAUAUGUUUUUUAAAGUCAAUGGCAAGCUUUACCAACGGCUUGGCAAGAUAGGUAGUGGUGGAAGCAGUGAAGUGCACAAAGUGAUUUCAUCAGACUGUAGGAUCUAUGCACUUAAAAAGAUCAAGCUCAAGGGUCGUGAUUACACUACUGCAUAUGGGUUUUGUCAAGAGAUUGAGUAUCUAAAUAGGCUGAAAGGAAAGGAUAAUAUUAUACAGCUUAUAGAUUAUGAGGUGACUGACAAGGCUUUGCUUGAGGAAGUCAUGAAGGGCUCCUUCAGUAAUAAAGAUGGCCGAUUCAAGGAUGAUGGAUAUAUAUACAUGGUACUUGAAUAUGGGGAAAUCGAUUUGGCUCACAUGUUGUCCCAGAAGUGGAAGGAACUUGAUGGAUACAACCAGACCAUAGAUGAGAACUGGCUUCGAUUUUAUUGGCAGCAAAUUCUUCAAGCUGUCAACACUAUUCACGAGGAACGUAUUGUGCACUCUGACUUGAAGCCAGCUAACUUCCUCCUUGUCAAAGGUUCCCUAAAACUGAUUGAUUUUGGCAUAGCCAAAGCAAUAAUGAGUGAUACAACUAACAUCCAACGGGAUUCACAGGUAGGUACUCUGAGUUACAUGUCUCCAGAGGCGUUCAUGUGUAAUGAGUCUGAUGCGAACGGAAACAUCAUAAAGUGCGGUCGGCCAUCAGAUAUAUGGUCCCUGGGCUGCAUCCUUUAUCAGAUGGUAUAUGGGAGAACACCUUUUUCUGAGUAUAAGACGUUUUGGUCCAAAUUUAAAGUUAUAACAGAUCCAAAUCAUGAAAUUAUGUAUGAACCAGUUUCAAAUCCAUGGCUUAUGGAUCUUAUGAAGAGGUGUCUAGCAUGGGAUCGCAAUCAAAGGUGGAGAAUUCCUCAGCUACUCCAACAUCCUUUUCUUGUUCCUCCUGUACCAUGUCAUCCAUCUUUGUCCCAAGACCAUAGCUGUAAAUUGUUACAACUUAUUGCUGAAACUUGUACAGAUGACCCAGAAGCAUCCCAGUUGUGUUUUCAGCUCCAACGGCUUCUUGGUGAUCCACUCAAGUUAAUAACUCCUCACUCACUAAAUUCACGAGAUCAACAGCGAAAACUGUUGUCCCGAAUAUCAGAACUCUCUACACAGCUGCAGGAACGUUUGACGAAUACUGGUAACAAGUAGAUGAUGAAGGAACCUAGUGAUUUUUGUCGUACGAUAUAUUUUCUUAAUCUACUUGUAAUAACCUAUUUUUCUUGUCAUACCAUAUUUUCCAGAGGUCAGCAGUUUACCGGGUGGCAUUGUGUGUAUUUCCCGUCAAUGAGAGUAGGUUAAAAUGGGUAUAGCAAGUGUAUCAAUCUAGGGCAGGUUUUGUAUAAAUUUUGUGAAGUGAGGCAG